AUGGAUCAAGUAAUGGACGGAGGUCGUUUGCCUCUUGAGGCGUGGUUCUGGGAGAUGCCAACAUGCACUCGCUGGUGGACAGCCGCUACGGUUCUCACGAGCGCCCUAGUCCAAUGCCAGAUGGUGACGCCGUUCCAGUUAUUCUAUAGCUUCCGGGCCGUGUUCGUGAAAUCACAGUAUUGGCGACUGUUGACGACGUUCUUAUACUUUGGCCCCUUCUCGCUCGAUCUACUUUUCCACGUCUACUUCCUCCAGCGAUAUGCGCGACUUCUCGAGGAAUCUUCGGGUCGGUCACCUGCGCACUUCUCAUGGCUACUCCUUUAUUCGACAACAUGCUUGAUCGCCAUAUCACCGCUCGUUUCGAUGCCGUUCCUCGGCCACCCGCUUUCCUCGACGCUCGUAUACAUUUGGUCGCGAAGAAACCCCGAGACUAGACUGAGCUUCCUCGGCUUGCUUGUGUUUACUGCACCAUACUUGCCCUGGGUUCUGAUGGGCUUCAGCCUUGUGUUACAUGGUACCAUUCCCAAAGACGAGAUUAUGGGUGUCGUAAUUGGACAUGUCUGGUACUUCUUUUCAGAUGUCUACCCUCCUCUGCACAAUGGGUCUCGACCUCUGGAUCCUCCUAGCUGGUGGAGGCGCUUGUUUGAGGCUCGUCCUCGAGUUGAAGUGGAUGAUAGUACAAACGAAAUUCUGGUUGCUGACGCUAGAGGAGCAGCGCCUCACGAGCUGUGA